GGACUUUGAGGUUUUCAAUUGGCUGUGUUUUGUCCGUCAGAGCAUAUAAAAGGAUGAGACUGUAAAAAAAAAAUCCAUCCCUCUUUAUCCUUAGCAGCCAUGGGUACUCUGCUGCUGCUUUGUGCUCUGGGGGCUUUACUUGGUGGUCCCUCUAGUGCUGGAUGGGUAGGCAGGGAAUUUGCCCUCUCAGUCAUGCAGAAUUAUGCUCCACAUUACGAUACUCCUCGCAUUCAGCUCUUCAUCACUGCUGUUCAGGCAAAUGCUAAAGUGACAGUGGAAGUGCCUCCUUUAAACUUCAAGCAAGAAAAAACCCUAAAUGCUGGUGAGGGGGUCACCAUCACUCUUCCCAAUAAUGUUGAGAUGUAUGGCAGUGUGAAGUCUUCCAACACAGUGCGCAUCGAAGCCUCAGCAGACGUGACUGUAACCUCCUUCAACUACAAGUUGUACACAGCAGACACCUCUGUGGUGUAUCCCACCACAGACUGGGGUACAGAAUAUUUCAUCUUUACACCUGCAAUAUCACCCUACGGCACAUUCAAGGAGUUCUCUGUGACAAAUGGAAAACAGAGCAACAAAGUUGAGAUUUUCCCAAAGGGCCCAAUCAGGUUCCAGGGCCGUGUUUAUAAAAGCGGCAGUCGCUUGGUGAUAGAUCUCCAGCCAUACGAGAGCGUUCAGCUCCAGAGCAGGUCUGAACUUUCCGGCACCAGAGUUGCCUCCCUGCACCCUGUUGCUGUUUUCACGGGUCACACGUGCACCUGGCGCUUCUCCAAAUGUAACCAUGUUUACGAGCAGCUACUGCCAGUAAGUGGCUGGGGAUCCAGCUUCAUCGUUCCUCCUCUGACCUUCCAGAAGAGAUUCGAUAGCGUUUACAUCCAGGCCUCCCAGCCCACCAGAAUCAAUGUCCAAUAUGGCAACCGUGAAGAAGUUGUGACUUUGACCAGAGGGCAGAUGAAAGAGAUCCGAUACCACAAUCCUGAAACACUGUCCCUUCAGGCUGAUCAUGGUAUCCAGGUCCUCAUGCUCUUCAACGGCAUCAGAUUUGGUUGGCUCCAAUUUUACGACCCUUUCUUGAUGACCAUCCUUUCCACGGACCAUUUCUGCAACUCUUACUCACUUACGGCUAUGGAGGGGUUUGAAAACCAAGCCCUGGUUGUGGCAAAGACCAGUGCAAUGGCAGAGCUGCGUCUUGAUGGUAUGAACCUGCCUCGCAACGUCGAGUGGAAAAAGUUUGCAGGGACAGAUUUCUCUUGGGCAGAAAUUUCCUACAAACCAUCCCCAGGCAACAGCAGACACACAGUUUCCAGCUCUGGUUCCCGCUUUGCUCUGUACAGUAUAGGAGUCAGCCAGAUGAAUGGUUACGGUGCCCCAGCUCAAUGUAUACAACCAGGAAGUGGAUCUUUGUCCUGCAGUAGUGUCACCUGCAGUGCCACUGAAGUGUGUGAGAUGAAGGGAGAGUAUCCCACCUGUGUCCCCAAGCCAGUGGAAAAAAAGCCUGGUACCUGCUGGGCCAUGGGAGAUCCUCACUACCGUACCUUUGACGGACGACGCUUCAACUUCAUGGGCACCUGCACAUAUGUCAUUGCUAAAAACUGUGGAAAGGGUGAUCUCCCGGCCUUUGAGAUCCUCGCCCAGAAUGAGAAUAGGGGCAGCCUCCGGGUGUCUUAUGUCGCCCUGGUCAUAUUGAAGGUGUAUGGCUUCACAAUCACAGUAGCUCGGUCUGAGACAGGUCGUGUGAGGAUUGACAACACUCUCUGGAGUUUACCUGUAACCCUGAACAGUGACAAACUUCAGCUGUUUCACAGCGGUCGCUCUGUGGUCAUUGAGACUGAUUUUGGCCUGACUGUUCGUUACGACUGGGAGCACCAACUUGUGGUCACUCUGUCCAGCAGCUAUGCUGAUAAGACUUGUGGUCUCUGUGGCAACUUCAAUGGCAACCCCGACGAUGAUUUCACCACACCCUCUGGCACCCAGGCAGGCGGUGCUGUGGCCUUUGGUAGCAGCUGGAAGGUGCCAGGGCUGGUGAAAGAUGCUCUGUGCAGUGAUGAAUGUGUGGGUGGGUGUGAGCGCUGUGAACACAGCCUGCUGAAAAUGUGGGAGGGCGACUUGUUUUGUGGACUCGUCACACUUAUAGUAAAUGGGCCAUUCAGCAAAUGCCAUGCCGUCAUUGACCCACAAGCAUACCUUGAGAACUGCAAGUAUGAUCUUUGCAUGGGAGGCGGCCUUCGUCAUUUCCUUUGCCGGGCACUGGAGGCCUACACUGAAGCCUGCCAGCUUGCUGGGAUCCAGGUUCAAGAUUGGAGGAGGAUGGCAAAAUGCCCUGCUAAAUGUCCAGCCAACAGUCACUAUGAGCUCUGUGGCAAUGCCUGUCCUGCCACAUGUUCUGAUCCUAACGCUUCCUCCAAAUGCAAACGCCCCUGUGUGGAGACCUGCACCUGUAACGAUGGCUUUGUUUUGAGUGGAGGUCAGUGUGUACCUGCCGCCCAGUGCGGUUGUACCUACGAGGGUCGAUACAUCCCUGUUGGGGAGUCAUUCUGGCCUGACCAGCGCUGUCAGCGAUGGUGCACAUGUGUCGCGGGAAGCAGAAAAGUAGAGUGCCAGGAUAAAGGCUGUGGGGCAGGGAAACAGUGCCAGGUGGUUGAGGGCAUAAGAAAGUGCCAAGCAGUCUCCCACAGCACAUGCCAGGCCACAGGGGACCCACAUUACAUGACCUUUGACAAGAAGAGGUUUGACUUCCAGGGCACAUGUGUGUACCAACUGGUUGCACUCUGCUCCAAAAACUCGGACUUGGUGCCCUUUGAAGUGCUGGUGCAAAAUGAUCACCGGGGCAGCAAGGUGGUUUCCUACACAAAGUUAGUAGAAGUCAAGGUGUAUUCGCUCAGCAUUGUUAUUACCAAGACACACAAGGGCCUGAUAAUGGUGAAUGAUGAGCUGGUCAACCUGCCCGUCACCCUGGCUGGAGGGCAGGUAUCUGUGUAUAGGAGCGGCUGGUACGCCGUUGUCACCACAAACUUUGGCCUCAAAGUCUCCUUCAACUGGGAUAGUGCUGUGUUUGUAACACUGCCAAGCAACUACAUGGGAGCCGUGUGCGGCCUCUGUGGCAACUACAACGGUAAAGCCCAGGAUGACCUGACUCCAAAGAACGGUGACAAAGUGGUCUCCCCGGCAGCUUUCGGUACCAGCUGGCGAGUGGCUGAGAUCCCCGGCUGCGUUGAAGGCUGUAAAGGGGUGUGUCCUAACUGUGACAUUACCCAGAAGGUACUGUAUGAAAAAGGAGAUUUCUGCGGUAUAUUGAGGGACCCCAGUGGACCUUUCCGUGACUGCCAUGCCAAGGUGGACCCAGCUGGAUACUUUGAAGACUGUGUUUAUGACGUUUGCCUGUACAAAGGCAGAAAGGAUGUGCUAUGUGAGUCUAUUACAGCAUACACAUCUGCCUGCCAUGCUGCAGGGGCAAAGGUGUACAGCUGGAGAACCAGUCAGUUCUGUGCGCUGAAAUGUCCAGUCAACAGCCACUAUGAAGUUUGUGCAACAGCCUGUCCUUCCACCUGCCAGAGUCUGGCCCCCCCUCAAGGCUGCCAGUCUCAGUGUGACGAGGGCUGUUCCUGUGAUGAGGGCUACAUCCUCAGUGGAAACAUCUGUGUUCCCUUCUCAAACUGCGGCUGCGUCUACAACGAACGCUACUACCGCGUCGGCCAAGUGUUUUAUCCCAAUGGCCAGUGUAACGAAGAGUGCAAAUGCACUCAAGAUGGAGAGGUGGAGUGCAAGAAGUUCACGUGUGGCCCGAAUGAGAAGUGUAAAGUGGAGAAUGGCAUCCAAAAAUGUCACCCUGUUGGCAAGAGUGUAUGCCAUGCCUCUGGUGACCCCCACUACCGGACUUUUGAUGGGCGACUAUAUGAUUUCCAGGGCACCUGCACAUACACACUCUCCAAGAGCUGCGGGCUGGAAGGCACCCACCUGGUGGCCUUCUCUGUGCAGGUGGAGAACGUGCAGUGGACCCAGAUGGUGAACAAUAAAAUGGUGUCUGUCACUAAGAUGGUUGCUGUGGAGGUCUACGGCCUGACUCUCAUCAUGAGGAACAACAUGUUUGGAGUCCUGGUAAAUGGAGUGUUUAACUACCUUCCUCUGAAUCUUAAUGAUGGAGCUGUGCUGGUCUAUCAAGAAGGCAUGCAUUAUGUUAUCGCAACAAAUUUUGGACUGCUUGUCACUUAUGAUCUGGUCUACCAUGUGACAGUCACAGUGCCUGGUAACUAUCGCGAUAAGCUCUGUGGACUGUGUGGCAACUACAAUGGUGACAAGAAAGAUGAUUUCCAAAUGCCCAACCGCAAGCUCGCAAACAACGUGAACGCAUUUGGAAAAUCAUGGAAGGUCACCGUCCCUAAUGUAGUGUGCGCCAACGGCUGUGAAGGCGACCGCUGUCCUCAAUGUGAACCAGCUCGCAAGGCUGUGUUCUCAAAGCCCACUUACUGUGGUAUUGUUACAGCACCGAACGGUCCUUUUGCAGUCUGCCACAGUACACUGGACCCACAGUCAUACUUUGAUAACUGUGUGUUCGAUGUGUGUGCUUCCAAUGGGGAUGGAAAGGUGCUGUGCAACAGCAUAGCAGCUUAUGCCUUCAACUGUCACAAUGCAGGAGUGGACGUCAAAAACUGGAGGACAGCUUCAUUCUGUCCCAUGAAAUGCCCAGCCAACAGUCACUAUGAGGUGUGUGCAGACGCCUGCUCUGCAUCCUGCCCAGGCCUCGCAGAGAUGGUCCAGUGCUCCACCAGCUGUACAGAAGGCUGCGAGUGUGAUACUGGCUUCCUAUUCAAUGGACAGAUAUGUGUUAAAGUGCCUGAGUGUGGCUGCUAUGAGAAUGGGAGAACUUACAAGCCUGGUGAGGUUGUAUACGAGGAAGACUGUAACACAAAGUGCACCUGUAAUCCCACAAAAGGUCUGGUCUGUGAAAAGCACUCCUGCCCUCAAAGCACCAAAUGCAUGGUCAAGAAAGGAAAACGAGCAUGCUACAACACAGAUCCCUGCAAAGAUGCUAAUUGCCGGGUCAAGGAGACAUGCCGUGUUGAGAAGGGCGACGCUGUGUGCAUCCCAAAAUACACAGGCACCUGUUGGGCCUGGGGUGACCCGCAUUACCACACAUUUGAUGGUUACAACUUCAAUUUCCAGGGCACCUGUAAGUACGUCAUCUCCAAGACCUGUGGAAAUCUGGAUGGUCUAGUGCCAUUCUCAGUCACUGAGAGGAAUGAUAACCGAGGAAACACGGCGGUUUCCUACGUCAGGGAGGUGAAUGUGUCUGUGUAUGGCUACAGCAUCAUCAUCGCUAAGAACCAAAUUGGUCGAGUCACGCUGGACGGGGAGCUGGUGAAUCUUCCAGUACUGCUGGGUGACGAUCAACUCUCAGUGUUGCAGCGUGGCCACACUGCAGUUCUGGAGACAAACUUUGGCUUGGUUGUCACCUAUGACUGGAACUGGGAGAUAAUCAUUCAGCUGCCCAGCAGCUACUAUGGCAGUGUCUGUGGUCUGUGUGGAAACUUCAAUGGCAAAAACGGUGAUGAGCUCCAGAAUCCAGCAGGAAAAGCUGUCUCAUCAGUGAUAGAGUGGGGCAAGAGCUGGCAAACGCCAGACCAGGACAAGGACCGUCCUUGUUGGGACACAUGCAAGACAAACUGUCCAACCUGUGACGGUAACCACGCCAAGCUCUAUGAGACUGAGGCUUUGUGCGGGGCCCUCGCAGCCAAGACAAACGGUGUGUUCAAGUCGUGUCAUGGAAAAUUGGACCCCCAGGCGUUUAUGAACAGCUGUGUGUAUGACAUGUGUCUGAAUAAGGGAGACAAGAAGAUGCUGUGCCAGGCAUUGGCCUCCUACAGUAAGCACUGUCGUGAGGAAGGAAUAAUAAUCAAGGGCUGGAGGAAGAAGUUUGACUGCCCAAUGAACUGUCAGCGUCACAGCCACUAUGAAGAUUGCGCUAAACCAUGCCAGCCAUCCUGCCCAUUCCCUGAACAGAAGCAGACCUGCAGUAGUGCCUGUGUUGAGACCUGUGUGUGUGAUGCAGGUUAUGUCCUCAGCGCUGGCGUCUGUGUGCCUGCUAAAACAUGCGGUUGCUCCUAUCAGGGUCGCUAUUACAAGCCAGGCCAGCGCUUCUGGGCCGAUGAGGCUUGCCGCCGCCUAUGUGAGUGUGACACGACCUUGGGCAUGGUGACAUGCCGUGAGGAGUCCUGCUCUGCCAAGGAGAGUUGCACAGUAGAGGAUGGGGAGCGCGCCUGUCGGCCCAUCAGUCACGCCACAUGCACGGCCUCAGGUGACCCACACUACCGCACUUUUGAUGGCCGCAGGUAUGACUUCCAGGGAACAUGUGUAUAUCAGCUGGUGGGAUUGUGCUCUCAGCAGCCUGGCCUUGUGCCGUUCAAGGUGACUGUGCAGAACGACCACCGGGGAAGCAAGGCUGUGUCCUAUACAAGGACUGUCACGCUUUCCAUAUAUGGAAUCACCAUCACCAUCAGCAGAGAAUACCCCUACAAGGUCCUGAUCGAUGGGCGGCUUGCUUUAUUGCCACUGGAUUACAAUAAUGAGCUGGUCAUUUUUCUCGGUGGUUGGACAGCUGUUGUGGAGACAGUUGCCGGUAUCACCUUGACCUUUGACUGGCGGAGCCUUGUGAGCGUUACUCUUCCCAGUAACUACCAGGCUGCCGUCUGCGGCCUGUGUGGCAACUACAAUGGAAACACCAAGGAUGACCUCACCAUGCCGAAUGGCCAGAUAGCCCCUGAUGGAGCCAGGCUCGGGGAAAGCUGGCAGGUGGCCAUCGUACCAGGCUGUUCGUCAGCCUGCCAGGGGCCCUGGUGCCAGGCCUGUUCAGACUCCCAGCGGAAAAAAUACCAAGCCCAGAAGCACUGUGGUAUUAUUGCUGACAAAGCAGGGCCUUUGAGAGAUUGCCACAGUCAUGUGGACCCUGCUCCCUACCUGGAGGACUGUGUGUAUGAUGCUUGUCAUUAUCACGGUCACCAGGGAUCAGUCUGCGAUGCAGUGGGAGUUUAUGUAUCUGCCUGUCAAAGCCAAGGAAUCACCAUCCUCUCCUGGAGAACGGAUACCUUCUGCCCAAUGCUGUGUCCAGCUAACAGCCAUUAUACCCAGUGUGCCACGGGUUGCCCAGCCACCUGUGCCAGCUUAACCUCGCACUCAAACUGUCGCAGGCGUUGUAGAGAAGCCUGCGAGUGUGACGAAGGCUACCUGCUGAGUGGGGAUACCUGCUUGCCUGUGAGAGACUGCGGCUGCUCAUACGAUGGUCACUACUACAGGAAAGGAGACGUCUUCUACCCUGAAACCGAGUGUGUGGAGCAAUGCCUCUGUGGAGAGAAUGGUGCGGUAUCUUGCCAGAAGGCCAAGUGCCGGCCAGGGGAGAUCUGUAAGGUCGCAAAUGGUGUGAAAGCCUGCCACCCUGAGGGACAAAGCAAGUGUGUCGCGUCUGGUGACCCACAUUACAUCUCCUUUGAUGGACGGAGAUUUGAUUUCCAGGGUACCUGUGUCUAUGUAUUGGCCAAGGUUUGUAAUGAUGACAAUGGCCAGCUGACGCCCUUUACCGUCACUCAGGGGAAUGAGAAGUAUGGAAAUGGGAAAGUGGCUGUUACCAAGUCAGUUGCAGUGGAGGUCUAUGGCUUUAACAUUGACAUCCAACAGCGAAUGCCAUGGAAAGUCAUUGUGGACGAUGAACUUCUAAACCUUCCCCUCUCUCUGGACAAUGGGCGACUCAGAAUCACCCAGGAAGGUCGCAACAUAGUUGUCCGAACAGACUUUGGACUGAAAGUCCUCUAUGACACCGUCUAUUAUGUUGAGGUCAUCGUGCCUUCUACGUACCAGGGUAAGAUGUGUGGUCUUUGUGGAAACUACAACAGGAAGGGUGACGAUGACUUCCAACUACCUGGUGGCAAACAAACGCAGAGCGUUGACGAGUUUGGAAAGGCAUGGGUGGUGGACCUGCCUGGGUUUGUAUGUGGAGGCUGUGGAGGACAGUGCCCAGUGUGUGAGCAGGCCAAGGCUGCAAUGUACGGAAAACCCGAGUCCUGCGGCAUCAUAAGUUCACCUAAUGGGCCUUUCAAAGCCUGCCACAGUAAAGUUGACCCUGCAGCGUACGUGUCCCAUUGCGUGUUCGACGUGUGUGCUGUGGAUGGCAACAAAGAUACUCUGUGUAACAGUGUGCAGGCCUAUGCUCUGGCCUGCCAAAGUGCAGGGGUUCAAAUCCUGCCAUGGAGGAGCGGCUCCUUCUGCCCUGCAUCUUGCCCUAAAAACAGUCACUAUGAGGUGUGUGCCAACACGUGUGGUGGGACCUGUGCCAGCUUCAUUUACCCAUUUUCCUGCUCUGAAGGCUGCUUUGAAGGAUGUGAAUGUGAUGACGGCUUUGUGUCGGAUGGCAUCCAAUGUGUUCUCUUGGACAACUGUGGGUGUGUGUAUGAUGGGAAAUAUCUGAAGGUGGGCCAAGCAUUGGUGGACAAAGACUGUAAGUCCAAGUGUGUGUGCCAGGCCACUGGUCUGGUGAAGUGUGAGAAACUGUCCUGUGCCAGUGGGGAGGUUUGCGGAGUCAGAGACGGGAUUAGAAGUUGCCACGUCAAACAGGGCCAGUGCAGCGUCAGCCAAGUUGGGCACCUUACCUCCUUUGAUGGCAUGUCUGGAGCCGUAGGAGCUCAGGGGGCAUUUGAAGUGGCGUCUCUGUGUGACGAGACCGCCGAGCUGUGGUUCCGUGUGGUUGUGGACGUCCGCGUCUGCGCUAAAGGAGCAUCUCCCGCUGCUGCCGCUGUGCACGUAUUCUUCAAGGAAACCGUCAUCACAGUGAACAGCCAACGUGUGACCUGGGUCAAUGGCAGGAAAGUGUCUCUUCCCAGAAAAGUGACGGAUGAUCUAUCGGUCAAAAUCUCAGAGAGGACUGUGAUCAUCGAGAGGGCGUCUGCCGUGCGGGUCACCUACUCGAUUUCACAGGAGGUCACUGUCAUUAUUGACAGCGCACUUUCGGGGAAAAUGUGCGGCGCCUGUGGCAACUACAACCACAACUCCAAGGAUGAUAUGAAGACCGCAGAUGGGAAAAUUACCACCGAUGUGUCCGUGGUUAUCGGCUCCUGGAGCGCUGGAGACUUUUCUGGGUGCGGCCGGUAGAGAUGCUGUUCCUGUUGGCGAUAAAAAGCAUCUGUUAUAUGGGAUGAAGAGGAAUGUGAAGUCAUUCAGCUGAAGCUGGCUUGUUUAUAUCCAGUCUCACUCAUCGUAUUUUUCUGCUUGCUCCUGAUUCAUGAAAUGUUUUUGGUUGUUUACUGGAGGUCUGGUCUUCUACUGUUCAUUUUGGAGUCGUAGAAAAAUCAGGCUCAUUCUUGAGCAACACCUCCACCUAGUGGAACAGUCAAUGGUUUCACAUCUAUAACUCCAGCAGAGAACUAAAAACAGCCACAAUUCUCACAACUGUAAUACUUGUCUCGUGUAUGUGUGUGCUGUGUCAAAUGUUCUCUUCUCAUCUGACCAAUAAAUGAGUUUUCACUUCA